CGGCGCGGCGGGGCCGGUCCUAGCGGGGAGCGCGGCGGGGCGGCCAUAAAUCACGGCGGGCAGAACCCCCGCCCCGCCCCGGGGCUGCCGGGGGGGGCCCCGCCGCCGCCACCACCACCACCACCAUCAUCACCAGCACCGCCGGUGCCGGUCCCCGCGCAGAUGUGGCGGAGCCACCCGGUGUCCCAUCGGCGGAGGGGGCGCGCCGCCGCGCCCCGCGCUGAGCCGCCCGCAGCACCCCCCCGCCCGGCGCCAUGCAUUCGCUGGACGAGCCGCUGGACCUGAAGCUGAGCAUCUCCAAAGUGCGGAGCGCCCGAGAGAAACGGGAACGCGGCCCCCCCGGACCACGGCCCCGUCCCGGCCCCCCCCCCUCCGCCGCCGCCGCCCCCCCGCCGGUCGGGGAGAGCCGGGGCUCCGCGCGGGGGGGGCGGCGGGCAGGGCCGGGCCCCGGGCUGUUGGCACACUCCAAAGCGCUGGAGAAGCGCUUCCCGGCCCUCCCCGUCAUGGACCUCAGCCUCUCGCCCCCCCCCGGCGUGGAGUCCCCGGGGGGCGGCAGCGCUUCGCUGUCUCCCGAGCGGCACAACGACCCCCCCGUGCCCGCCCUGCCCCACGAUUUCCAGUCCCUGCGCUACAUCGACGGCAUCCCCGGCUCCUUCCAGUUCUUCCUGCCGCUGGGUGCGGGGGGGGCUCUGCACCUGCCCUCCUUCCUGCCCCCCCCCAAGGACAAGCGCCUUUCCCCGGAGCUGCCCCUCCCCAAGCAGCUCGUCUGCCGCUGGUCCAAGUGCAACCAAUUCUUUGACCUCCUGCAAGACCUGGUGGAUCACGUCAAUGACUUCCACGUCAAACCCGAGAAGGAUGCAGGGUAUUGCUGCCACUGGGAGGGCUGCGCCCGGCACGGCCGCGGCUUCAACGCCAGGUACAAGAUGCUGAUCCACAUCCGGACGCACACCAAUGAGAAGCCGCACCGCUGCCCCACCUGCAACAAGAGCUUCUCCCGCCUGGAGAACCUCAAGAUCCACAACCGCUCGCACACCGGGGAGAAGCCCUACAUCUGCCCCUACGAAGGCUGCAACAAACGCUACUCCAACUCCAGCGACCGCUUCAAGCACACCCGCACGCACUACGUGGAGAAGCCCUACUACUGCAAGAUGCCGGGCUGCCACAAGCGCUACACGGACCCCAGCUCGCUCCGCAAGCACAUCAAAGCCCACGGGCACUUCGUGUCCCACGAGCACCACGAGAUGCUGAAGGCCCACGCGCCCCCCAAGGGCUCCGCAGACGCGCCCUACGCCAAUGGGGCGCAGCUCCUCCUGCCCAACCCCGCCGCCCUCUUUGCGCCCCACGCGCUGCCCGCUCUGCCCCUCCCACUGGCUCCAGCCCCCCUCGACCUGAGUGCUCUGGGCUGUGGGUCGGGGGGUUCACUGCCUGCCCUGCCCGGCCCCGCGCUGCCCCUCAAUGGUGGCGGCCCAUUGAACUUGGCCAAAGCGCCGCUGCUGCCAUCGCCCUUCGCGGCCGGCGGCCUGGGGCUGCCCGUCAUGUCGCUGCUGGCCGGCGGGGCAAAGGCCGAGGCCGAGGAGGCCGAGGGGCGGAAGGGGGGCAAGGAGGGUCGCAAGGCGGGUGGACGACGGACGGAGCCGGGCCGCCUGCGGGCCCCCCCCGAGAGCCUGGCGCUGCUGCCGGGGGCCGUGCUCGACCUCUCGACGGGGGUGGGCGCAGCGGGCAGCCCCCCUGAGGCGCUGCCGCCCGGCUGGGUGGUCAUCCCACCCGGCUCCCUGCUGCUCAAACCGGCCGUGGUGAAUUGAGGGCUGGGGGGCGAGGAGGGCAGGCCGAGACCCCAGCAUCACCCCCAGCGUCGCCCCCAGCAUCGCCCCAGGCCUGGGCUUGCAGCCACGUUAACCUUCACGAAAGAAGAACGGACUCUUCUGAGAAUAGCAAUAAUCCCUCGGUGACCCCACGCUGCUGCCCCGGCCUGGGGGCUGGGUGCACCUGGGGGGCUCUGCCCCACACCGGGCAGCGGAGACGCCGCUAUUUAUUUAUCGCCCAGACCCCUGUGCUGACGGGGCCCCGCUCGGGCUCUUCGCUCUCGCUGACUUGGCGUCUCCCUGCCCCAGGCCUCGGCCCCAUCGCUGCCAGCUCCACGUCCAGCCCGUCCCGUGCUGCUCCCCAGCCAUCCCCGUGACAAGGCACACGGCUGUGUGUGCUGCUCACCGAGCCGGCUCCGCACCGGGGCAGAGCCACCGUGUUUAGCUACGUUCAUACCUAACCAUGUACCGCAAGCGCACGCAGGCAGCGCGGGCAGGGCUGCAGGGCUGCAGGGCUGCAGGCAGGUGCACGUCGGGCAGCUCGGUGCUGCUCAGCUCUGUGCCCGUGUUCCCACAUGAGCCCCAGAGCUGUGGGGCAGCACCGACGCAGGCUGGGCUCUGUGCUGCUGGAUCCUAUCCUGGCAACAGGGAGAGUUUGGGCACAGCUGGGUACAUGGGACCCACUGAGCUCCACCAGCAGCACGGAGGGGCAGGAGCCUCAGAGAUGGGAGACACUGCAGAAGUGACCUGCAGUGCACACAGAAGGUCCCGCGUCCCUCGCCCUGCCCACAGCUCUCUCUGAACUGAGUGAGGGUCUCCCUGACCCCGACCCACCUGAAUGUGCUCGGGAAGGGCCCCAGCAGCACACCCUGCGGGGAGCUGGUCUCCCCACCUCACUGUCCUUGGGCCGGGGUGCAGCGGCCACCCGGCACUGCCACAGCAUCAACAGCAUGGCAUCCAGCCAUCGACCAGGCACUGCCACAGCAUGGCAUCCAGCCAUCGACCAGGCACUGCCACAGCAUGGCAUCCAGCCAUCGACCAGGCCUCCCCCGGCCGGUGUUCUUCGUUUUCUUGCUCAUUUGUCGGUUUGUUGUUGCACAUUCCAGGUCAUCAGUAUUUUAACGGUCUCUAAGUGCCUUUCUAUUGUAGUUUCUGGGUUGUUUUUAUUUUCCUCCUGUUGGGCUCCAUCGCUGUUAGCAUAGACUUUAAGGACUACAGAAGCAAGAGAUAAGCUAACGAUUAUAACACUAUAUUCCUCCAUGGGAGAGGAAGUUUAUUAAGAAAACAAUAAAGUGAAGUUGAAGUAA